AGAGAGGGAGGAGGAGAGACAUGGGCAGUCCGCCAACUCUGACGAAAGCUGCUUAGCCCAACCAGUUGCCAUGGAUACAGUCAGGAGUAGCACCCGGCGUGUGUGUUGGUGUGUGUGUGUUUGAGAGAGAGAAAGAGACAGAGAGAGAGAGAGAGAGAGAGAGAGAGAGAAAACCAACAGGCAAGCAUCAGAUAGAACCAGUGAGGAAGCGAGAGAGUACCAGGCUGCAGGACAGAGAGAGAGUGUGAGUGAAAGAGAGAGAGGAACAGAGGGAGACAACUGGAGAAAUAGAGUGAUAGAGAUAGCUAGAAGAUGGAGGUGCAGUCAGAAUGCGUGGAACCUCCUCCACCUCCUCCUUCUGUUCCCCCAUGCGACCCCCAACCGCCAGGGAAGAUCAACAAAGCAGCCUUAAAGCUGUUUGGAAAACGACGCUCCAGCUCCGGAAUGGCCAGAUUCUUCUCCUUCAGGAACAAAGAGGCCAAUGGGAAUGGGAAUUUCGAGAAUGGGAAUUCUGUGAAUGGGAAUUCUGCGGGGGCGGCUAACGAGCUCGUCAGGAGUAAAACGCAUGAUGGACUAACAAGCUCAGAGACAGAUGGACAGAGAGGGGAGGAGUCCGGAAUAUCAGAGGCGGGACAGGUGAGGUCUCUCAGCAAAUCACUGAGCUUCUUUUCGCUGCUCAGACGAGGAAGUGUGAGAGGUAAUGAGAAUACAGGGUUUGGAAGUAGGGGGAGGGGUUUAAAAGGCUUCUUUAGUAGUAUAAGGUGGCGGCGGAAGGAGAGAGUGACGGAGGGAGAUGUGGGGGUAACUGAGGGGAGGGAGGUGAGAGAGGGGGAUGUGAUUCUAAAGGAGGAAGGGAAAGACGUCACUCUGACCCUUGAACCCCAGCCCCGCUCACCCCAGGAGGAUAAUGGGAGCUUGGAGGCUGAGCUAAACAUAGAAUCAGCGGGAACUUCUCCCGCGGACAACGCCACAACACCACUCACGCACUCUACUGCCAUGACGACAAACCUGUCAGAAUUCCCCUAUACACCAUCCCCUUCCCCCCUUCACUCUGCCUUUCACUCAAGACCCAAAACGUCAAUUUCCUCAGCAACGGCCACCCCCCCUCUGGAUCGGUGUGACCCCACCUCUGAACCCUCAGUGGACCGGCUCUGUUCACUCCUCUUCACUGACGUCACCUCGCUCAAGAGCUUUGAUUCGCUGACAGGAUGCGGUGAUAUCAUCGCAGACGCAGAGGAGGAGGUGGCAGGAAACGUGGGAGGAGGAAAUGGAGGAGGAGGAAGUGUCACCAGUAGUAGCAGUAGCAGUGGGGGAGGUGUAGUACGCAGCUCCCCAGCUAAAUCCUCCAUUACUAACCAUGUCACCCCUUCCAGCAUUACCUCUACCCCCAAUUCUGCCCCUGCCCCCCUCCCAGCCAGGGCACGGCUGAUGCCCUCUCACUCUGCCCCGAUUCAGCAGCCCUCUGGCAGUGGCGUGGUGGCCUACAUGGGGGGUGGCGAGGAGAUGGCCAGCCCUGACGGGGUGGACGACGCAGACAUGCAGGGGCUCUGGCACAUGCUCCCCUCUGGGGGAGAGAACUCCCCCGCCCUCCCCCGACCCAGCUCUCACCCGGCUCCCCCCAGAGGUACAGAGCGGAAACCCCCCCAGGUCAAGUCUCUGGGACUCAGCAAGAUCUCUUUAGUGGGGGGAGGAAGGAUGAGUAAACUCCCCACUCAUGCUGCCCGUCAAACCUCCUUGCCCAAUGAGAAGGACACUAAGGAGGAAGUCCAACCCCAACAGGAUGCCCCGGCCCUUAGAGAUGAGGGCUAUUGGGAUACGCCCUCGGCAACCCCCACGGCAACGCCUGACGACGGCUUCCUGCGGAACCAGAGGAUUGGUUUAUCGCGUGACAGCUGCUCUGGCGACGCGCUCUACGACCUCUACAAUGAGGAAUUGGACAGAUCAGAUGAAGAGGAAGAGGAGGAGGAAGAAGAUCUGACAAGUACUCCUUCCUUCUCCACUGACGACUACAAACGCAGCGCUCCCUCCCAGACUACUCCUCCUUCCUCUUCCUCCUCUUCAUCGUUCCGCUCGAUGAAGGGAAGCACUAGCCUUCCCCGCGAGUCCAAAAUCCCUCUUAGUGUCAGACAGAACACACCCCCUCACUCUGUGAGCCAAUCAGCUCUUUCCACUGUCCUCGCAGCCACUCCUCCCUCUGACACACCCACCCAAGCUCCUCCCCCUGCCCGGACCAGGAUCCCUGUCUCCAAGGUGCCAGUCCGUCGCCCUGGGAACAAGCCCGGCAACGCUACACGAGGGCCAGCCCCCAGGAAGUAAGUCUGGACCAGGCAGCCAUGGACUUUGGUGUCUUUGGUUAGAACAAGACAACAUCACUGGACUGGUGUGUAUGACAUUGCCGGACUGGUGUAUUGUGAAAUGCAUCAGACAAUGAUAAAGACUUGAAAGAGAGUGAUAGGAGCUCUAAACAACACUUCCAUUGGUCCUGGUGGGUCACGCCCCCCCCAAAAGUUGAAGUUAAAAACAAAAAAUCUACAUCACUGGACUUGUGUGUGCAGCAUCACUGAAAUGAUGUGUAUGGGACACUUUUAAACACUUCAAGUGGGUGAGGGGAGGGUAUUUCAAAGUUUGGGAUCCACUUUUUCGACAACUCUCAGCGCUUUUGAAUAUGUAAACAAUGGUCACAGAAUUCAACUGCACUGCACACCACUAGGAAUGACUAGAGAAGCUUUUCUUCUUCUCUUCAAGUCCUUGUUUCUAAAACACAGAUUUUUUAUAUGAUACCACGUGUUUAAUCUAACGACGGCCUAAUCUAAUGAAACAGUUUGUAACAAUCUGAUUGUUAACUAAUUACCUCCUAAUCCAAGACUACAAUCACAGUCUCAAUCCUCAUCUACAUCUUUUUUAUGCCAUUUAACAGGCGCUUUUAUCCAAAGCGACUUACAGUCAUGUGUGCAAUUAUUUCUAAGUAUGGGUGGUCCCGGGAAUCAAACCCACUAUUUUGGCAUUACAAGCACCAUGCUCAACCAGCUGAGCUACAGAGGAGCAAUACAGGACUAUUAAAGGCCCAGUGCACUACUUUUGUGAUUUUGUAAAAAUGAUUUUUGUAAUUUUCUUCAGCACCCAUACUUCCCGUGGUAAUGUGGGGUGUACUGUUGAUUAUUCUUCUCCCAGUUCUAAAGUACCAGUGGAAAGCAGCGGUGACAACAUUGCUAAAAACAAUCAGAAAGCAUUUAGAAAUGUAUUUUUAUUAAGGUGUACAUGGAGAUCACCGGAUACAACACCUCACCAUGCCAGUGAACAUAACCAAGAAACAACAUCACAAAACUUAAUCGUUCUAAGUGAAUGACAAACACACGCAUUCUCCUCUGGACCAGAUGUACUCCACCACUCAAACGAGCAACUACUGUACUGUGAUGACCUUGCACUGGAGAAACAGCAGCGGGUUCAAUCUCUCUGGGAUUAACAACUAUAACAAACCAACCAAUAAAAAAACGGAAAAAGUAACGCAAUAGUGAGACACCAUUGAAGGAUGUUCCUCUACUGGCUGAACAAUGACCACUGAACACUCCUCUCUUGCUGCAUGAGGUGCCUGGAACACAAGGCACUAGGUUCAGGGAACACAGUCUACACUAAAGACACACACACACACACACACACACACACACACACACACACACACACACACACACACACACACACACACACACCACGUCAAGGACUCUCUUUCUCACACACACACACACACACACACACGCACACACACCAUAUCAAGGAUUACUUUCUUCUCUACCAGGACACAUUAAUACAAUGCUUUUUUCUACUGAAUACUUUGUUCUUCACUGGUUUUCAUACUCUUUUUAUAAGAUAAUGUUUCAUGAGACACCGCAAACAACCUUCACUGCGACCCCCCCCGU